AUGGCCAUCAGCGAAACAGCCUUCGCUUACCACGAGCCAGCCAUCAGCACAGUCCUCAACCAAGCAGGUUUCCUCCUGGUCCUCAACCUAGUCAACGUGUGCCUCGACAAACUUGUCUAUUGCGGGCUAAUUGGCCAGCUCUUUAUCGGCAUCCUCUGGGGCACUCCCGGCGCAAAAUGGCUCACCCGCGACAUGGAAAUCGUGAUCCAACAGCUCGGCUACCUCGGUCUAAUCAUGCUGGUUUACGAAGGCGGGCUCUCAACAUCUCUCCCGUCCCUGAAAGCGAACCUGCUGCUUUCGCUCGCAGUAGCCAUCACUGGCAUCGGCGCUCCAAUGGGCCUCUCCUUCAUUCUCACUGAGCUAGUAGCCGCAACGCCCCUCCAGGCCUUCUCCGCCGGAGCGGCUCUGAGCGCAACCAGUCUGGGAACCACGUUCACCAUCCUCUCGACCACAGACCUGAUCAAGACACGACUGGGGACGGUUAUCACCGGCGCAGCCAUGCUAGAUGAUGUGGUGGGGCUGGUGCUGGUUCAGAUUAUCACUAAUCUCGGUGGAAGUAGUGAGUCGUUCAGUGCUGUGACUGUUGUACGGCCAGUUUUUGUUUCCAUCGGGUUUGGGGUUGGGGUGUUGCUGUUGUGUCGGUUGGGCAUCAGGCCUGCUUUAAGGCUGCUUCUUGCCCAUAAGCAUAGGUUCCCGGCGUUUACGGGGUCAGUUCAGUUUUAUUUCCUGGUGUGUACGUGUCUGCUGGUGGGGAUGGUGGCUGGGGCUACUUAUGCGGGCACGUCGAGUCUCUUUGCUGCGUAUCUGGCUGGCGUGAUGACAUCUUGGAUGGAUGACUUCUUGAAGGAGAACUCCGGGGCAGUGGAUACUGGCGACGCGGCCACUGAGCCUGGCACGGAGAAUACCUCUCAAGAGGAGGGUUCCACCCCGCAAGAGAAGGAUUCCAACCACCAUGACCAGACCAGUCGCCAACAGACUCCCAGUGCCAAACACGAGACUCCCACCGGCAGUCUGGUGUACGAAAAAUACUACCACGAACCGGUGACCAGAAUCCUGGUCCCUCUGUUCUUCGCAUCCAUCGGCUUCGCCAUCCCCAUAACAGAAAUGUUCAACGGCAAAAUCGUCUGGCGCGGCGUCGUCUACGCUAUCCUAAUGACAUUCGGCAAGCUACUCACCGGCCUCUGGCUCGUGCGGUUCUCGUCUCGACCCGUUUCAAGUGUCCUCCGGAUUAUCAAGAAACCGUUUUCCCGCGUCGUCCUGUUCUGCGCAAGUCCCAGAGCCGGGUCCAAGAAGGAAAAGAAAGGGACCCCAGAGACACAACAACAAGAUCCCCAAACCCAGUCGCACGACCUGCCAACACCAAUGCAACUGGAUACCCAAGCGCACGAAGCUGUCGAAAGCGAACCACAAACCCAACCCCAACAGGCAACCCCGAACUCACAGUCCACCUCGAGUCUCCCGCCAAAGCCCAAGUCCCUCUAUCCAGCUUCUAUCCUGGGCCUGGCGAUGGUCUCCCGCGGCGAAGUCGGGUAUCUCAUUGCUUCGCUCGCUGAGUCGAAGGGCAUCUUCGGGACUAGCUCUAGCGGUGGUUCGUCGGAGACGUAUCUGGUAAUUGUUUGGGCGAUUUCGCUGUGCACGCUUUUUGGGCCGAUUUGUGUCGGGACGUUGGUGAAAAGGGUGAAGGCUUUGCAGAAGAUGAGGGUGGAUCAGGGUGGGGAGGAUCCGUUGGGUGUUUGGGGGAUUUAG